ACCCAAAUCCGGCGAUGGGAUGGCGUCGGUUGGGUUCGCCCUAUAUAUAUAUACAUAUAUAUAUGAAAUCUAAUCCUCCGAUUUAUAUGUUUUCAUGGAUGUAGAUGGAGAUUCUCCAUUGACGUCAAAAUCCAGUUCUCACACUUUCCUACCACUUUUUUCUCCCCAAUUCCUCAAAAAACCUCCAUCGCUAUCCUUCUUCCUCUUCCUCUUCCUCUUCCUCAUCCUAAUUAGGGUUUCCAAUUUCUUCAAUUUUCUCUUCCUUCCUCAUUUUUCCAUUUCCUUUUUCUAUUUAUAUAAAUUUCAACAUCCCUUUCCAUGAAGAACCCUAAGAAUAAGAAGAAGAAGAAGAAGAUCAUCCAAUCGCCGGCGUUGGGAUCCACCCCUGCUACCAUUGUUGCCAAAGAUAGUGUUAUUAAUGCCGUUGGUGCAGUGACGGAGGCGUUAUCUGUGGCUUCUCUUAACGAUCCGUCGUUACCUGUUUCUAGACAAGCGAGGGUUGGUCUGAAUGAAGACGUUGAUAGUUUUGACGAUUUGGCCACGACUUCUUCCUCGUCUUCAAGUGCGAUCACGGCUUCGAGUUCCAGUUCCAGUUCGUAUUCCUCUGAGGAUGUUUUAGAUUAUAAAGGUUAUAUGGGGAAGAAACAGAAACGGCUUGUUGCUUCUACGGGAACAAUAUCUACGGUUUUAGGGAAGGAUUAUGUUCGGUCCUCAUUGAAGAGGGAUUCGAGGAAUAAAUUCAUGGAGUUUGACCGUGGGAAGUUUUCUCAACACGAGGCAGAGCAAUUCCUUUGCUCCAUGUUAGGGGAUGAGUGUGAACUGAGCAUGGCCGUCGUAAGAGAUGUGCUAUGUCAAUGUGGCUGUGAUGUGGAAAAGGCUUUAAAUGUAUUGCUUGAUUUAGCUGGUCCUUCUAGUAAACAGUUUGAAAGUGAUAGGGACUCAUGCAAUGGUGCUAACUUUCAACACAGUUUGGAGUCUCCAAUUGAGCAUAUUGAAAAUGAAUAUGGACUUGUUGGAUGUUGUGGACAGUUGAUAGAUCGUGCAUCAGAUUCUACCUCCUACUCGUCCGAAAGUGAGUUUCCGGAGAGUAUAUGGUCUUUUGCGGCUGUAUGUAGGAAUGAUGUGAAGGUUCUUGCUGGUUCUGAAGUCCAAAAACCUCAACCCUCAAGAAGUGUUGAAUCUGAUCUCCCUCAAACAUUGUUAGAAACUUUAUUCAACAUUUCGAGAAGUCCUGAAUAUGAACCAAACACCAUGAAUUGGAGAAGUAUGGUGAAGAAAAUGCAAUCUCUGGGACCUGCCAUUGAUGUCAAUCCCCCAAGUUGUGUUCAGAAUACUAAUGAAGUUAAAUCCAAAGAUGACUAUCAGUUCUAUAGGGAAAAUGCAAAUCAGCAAUGGGAUUCAGUGAAAUCCUAUUUCCAGAAAGCAACAGCAGCAUAUACAAAAGGAGAACGCAGUUAUGCAUCUUACCUUUCAGAGCAGGGGAAAGCACAAACUCGACUGGCGCAAAAGGCUGAUGACAAAGCAAGUCAUAAUAUAUUUUUAGCCAGAAAUAGGGAUAUAGAGAAUGUGAUUACAAUUGAUUUGCAUGGGCAACAUGUCAAACAGGCAAUGAGGCUCCUAAAAAUGCACCUACUAUUUGGAUCAUAUGUUUCCUCCAUUCAGUCUCUCAGAGUUAUCACCGGAUGUGGAUCACAUGGUGUAGGAAAAUCAAAGUUGAAAACUUCAGUUAUCAAACUCCUAGAAAACGAAGGUAUCCAAUGGAGUGAAGAAAAUCGAGGAACCAUACUGAUAAAGCUCAGUGGUUACAGAGAGUUUAACUUUCUGGAUUCUCAUAGCGAUACUGAGUAAGAUUUCUUAUUCAUCAAAUUGUCUAUUACUUGAUAUAUUUACGGUGCUGCUUAGUGCGUAGCACAUUGAUCAAGGGCAAGGUAUUGAAGUUCAUUGUAAACUUAUAGUUGGGUGUAGUUGCAUUUUUAGGCAAACAACUUAAAUUAGCCUAAACCAAAACUAAUUCAUACUCUUAGUUGUACCUAGAGCAUUCUUUUGUUGCCCUUCAGUAGAAAACCUUGUAGUCCCCCUUCUUUUCUAGCUUAAUCGACUAUCACUAUGUACAACAAUGAUUUAUAAGAUUAUUUCUGUUGGGUGGAAAUUUUGUACAUGGGCAGUAACGGUAAAUCUAAUUGAGCUUUGCUUGAUUGAAUUGAUCAUGUAUUGCUAUGCUAUUGUGUUGUACCGAUAACUACUAUCCCUCCUGUAGUAGUUCUGAUUCUCUUUGUAAA